GUUUUUGCCCCGCUAGGGAACAAGCCCGGCUGAAGGCGCGCCUGGUGGACCGGGACACGGAGGCCUGGCAGCGGGACCCCACUUUCACGGGCCUGCAGAGGGUCGGGGGCGUGGACGUGUCCUUCGUAAAAGGGGAUGCUUCCCGGGCCUGCGCGGCCCUGGUAGUGCUGAGCUACCCGGAGCUCAAGGUGGUAUAUGAGGACAGCCGCAUGGUUGGCCUGAAGGCUCCCUAUGUAUCUGGCUUCCUGGCCUUCCGAGAGGUGCCCUUCCUGGUGGAGUUGGUACAGCGGCUGCAGGAGCAGGAGCCAGGCCUCGUGCCCCAGGUGCUUCUUGUGGAUGGAAACGGGGUGCUUCACCAACGAGGCUUUGGGGUGGCCUGCCACCUUGGUGUCCUUACAGAGCUGCCCUGCAUCGGGGUGGCCAAGAAGCUCCUGCAGGUAGACGGGCUGGAGAAGAGUGCCUUGCACAAGAAGAAGAUUGUACUCCUGCAGGCUGGGGGAGACACAUUUCCUCUGAUUGGCAGCUCUGGGACUGUCCUGGGAAUGGCCCUGAAGAGCCAUGACCACAGCACCAACCCCCUCUAUGUCUCUGUGGGCCACAGAAUAAGCCUGGAGGUUGCUGUGCGCCUUACCCACCGCUGCUGUAGGUUCCGGGUCCCAGAACCUAUACGCCAGGCUGACAUCCGCUCUCGAGAAUACAUCCGAAGGACUCUAGGACACCCCGGGCCUCCUGAGCAAAAGCAGGAGAGGAGCCAGAAGGAGCAGAGACUAAGCGCAUGCCCCAAAGGAGGCCCAGGAGCACCUGCAGAUCAAGGCAGGCCUCCUGGAGAUGACAGCGGAGGCUCCAGCACAGCUCAGAGACCCGAGCCAGGCUUCCAGGAGCAGCAGAAGGCCCAGCAGUUGAAGGGAAGCGGGCAUCACAAGGACUCCGACCUCUGUGCUCCUUCUCCAGCCUGGGCAGAUGAUCUCUAG